AUGGCCGACCAAGCCCUCACGAAGGCGUGGGGUACGCUUUCUAUGGAGGCAAAGAAGGCCAUCGAAGAAGCAGGAUGGAAGCCGCGGACGAUGGAGCCGGGGCCCAUUUGGCCCCCGGGACUACCAGGCAGUGGAUCGCAAACCGAAAGCAUGACGCAAAAGGAGUACCACGAGGCCAUUGAAACGGUGUGGCAGGGAGCUGAGCCCGCAGUGCAAAGGCUGCUCAGAGCAGCGGGUAUUCCCCCGCCAGGGGACUACAAGCCUGAGGACGAGACGCCAAAGCAGGAGCUCAGCCGCCAUGUUGGUACAUACAGAAGGACGACAAACAAGCUGAGAUCACUCAUUGAGAAGAAGGUCCGGCUUCAAGACAAAACGGAGAAGAUCAAGAGUGAGUUCGAGCAGGCCAUGAAGCAGCUUGCGCAAGUCAGCCAGGCCAUCCAGGCCACGGAGCUGGAGGUAGCGGAAGCACAGAAGAAGGUACAAGCCUGUGUGAAAGAUGAAGAGGACUCGCCAUACAAGGACGUCGCGUCCUACCUGGAAAAGGAAGGGAUCAUCCUGUCCGAGGAGCAAGCGGAGGCGCUCAAAACGAGGAUGGCGGUCAAGGUCGUGGAGACAGAUUGGACGGGAGUCUUGGGACAAAGAGAGCCGGGCAUGCCAGCCGAACUAGGCAUCUAUGGGCCGAUGCGCAUGCUGGGACAGGAGCGGAGGGGCCGACACCUCAGGGCAGCUCCUGGUCCGAACAGCCGAAAUAUGAAGGCAAGACAAGUAGAGGAGUCUCAAUGGGGAGACUCUGUUAUCUCUUUUGAUGGUGGCCGGAAGCAGUGUUACGGGGACAUUGUAUGGUCACAGGCACAUGGGGAAGGCAGUCAAGCUGUGUUUAGUACCCAGGUGCCUAGUACAAACAGCACAGUGGAAGACAGCCAAGAGAGCUGGAGUCCAGUUACGAGGGGUCCGGAGCCUGUCCGAGCUGUGGACAGCAGUUGGGCGGUCACAGGGCCCAGAUACUUCCAUAUAACAAGGGAAGACAUCGAAGAGGAAUGUGAGCAUUCGGCCUCGCGAGAAGCUGAGGGAAGCCAAAUACAGAUGAGAGACCAUGCAGCGGUUAGAGGGGAGAACAUGAAGGCCUCGCAGGAAGCUGAGGAAACACGAUUCUCGGCCUCGCCGUGUGCUGAGGGUCGCAGAGGAAAACAAAAGCCCAAGAAGCGGAAAGCAAAACCCACGGAACCACCAAAAGAUUUGCCACAGGAGUGGCAAACGCUAUGCCAAGUGGUGGGUAGAUAUGAUGCUUCCAGUGAGGCUGCUGCACUCGAAGCCAUUGAGAAGCUGGAAGAGCAGGAACUCAACCCGCUACAACAACGAGCAUGCCACGAAGUGCUUCGUUCCUUUGUGGAGCAGGACGCACAAUAUGCCAAAUGGAUCUUGGCAGAUGUGGCAAGUGGGUAUCGCCAAGAUGAUAAGGCCGAAUGCAUCAAAAUCACAGCGGCUAACAUCACCAGCUGGAGGAAACCCAUAGCGGCAUGGAUACACGAACUAGGACCGGACCUGGUGGUGCUGCAGGAAACCCAUCUCAAGACGGAGGGUAUCCAGCAAGCCAUGAGCCAUUGCCAAGAUAUGGGAUACACCUUCAUUGGCAUGCCAGGCAGUACAAAAAUUAAGGGUGUACAAGGAGGCCUGGCAGUUGGCACCCCGACAUAG